ACUGAGUGGUGAACAAUGUUAACUAGAGGACAUAUUUGGCAACCAGGUGCACAGAGCAAAAAGGUUUUUGUGCUUUUAAUUAACCCGAUCUGAUAAAAUGUUGAUAUUUGAAAACUGAUUGAGUUUAAUUAAGUUAAGUUGCUGUUAGGUUCACCUUUUUGCUUGAUUUAUCGGGCGCUUUUGCCUACCACUCAAAGAGAUCUUCGGCCUUCAUCUAUGCAGAAGACGCAGAAGUCAUAUUGACACCGGGGCCUCAGAAAGCAAAUUUCCGUGUUUACACUCAAGGAAAAUUAAUUGUUUGGGACUUUUCAAGAGAAAAAUGGGAGUUCCGAAAUUUUUCCGCUAUAUCAGCGAGCGCUACCCUUGCCUGAGUGAGCUCGUGCGCGAAUAUCAGAUUCCAGAGUUCGACAACAUGUACCUGGACAUGAACGGGAUCAUCCACAUGUGCUCGCAUCCGGACGAUAACAAUCCCCAUUUCCGCAUCACCGAGGAGCGGAUUUUCCAGGACGUUUUCCACUACAUUGAGGUACUGUUUCGGAUGAUCAGACCCCAAAAGUUGUUCUUCAUGGCUAUUGAUGGGGUGGCCCCGCGGGCCAAAAUGAACCAGCAGAGAGGCCGACGGUUUAGGGCGGCAAAGGAUGCGGAGAAACAGGAGGCCGAGGCGCAAAAAAAGGGCGAAACUUUGCCGAGCGAAGCCCGAUUUGAUUCCAAUUGUAUUACGCCUGGAACAGUAUUUAUGGCUCGGCUGCAUGAGCAGCUGAAGUAUUUCUGCGUGGAUAAAAUUUCCACUGAUCCCCUUUGGAGGGAUGUUCAAGUGAUUCUAUCUGGACAUGAGACUCCUGGCGAAGGUGAACAUAAAAUCAUGGAUUACAUCAGGUAUCUAAGGGCGCAGCCCGGCUACAACCCCAACACGCGGCAUUGCUUGUAUGGACUGGACGCCGACUUGAUUAUGUUGGGUCUUUGCACACAUGAGCCCCAUUUUAGCUUGCUGAGAGAAGAGGUGAAAUUCGGCAAAAAAUCCACCAAAAGACAGUCAGUUCCGGAGGAAAUCACGUUUUUCCUGCUGCACUUGUCCUUAAUGAGAGAGUACCUAGAGCUGGAGUUCAGCCCGGUCAGGAAGCAACUCAAGGGGUUUGAAUACGAUUUUGAGAAAAUCAUUGAUGACUGGGUUUUAAUGGGGUUUUUAGUAGGAAAUGACUUUAUCCCUCACUUACCCAACUUGCAUAUCGCCAACGGGGCUCUGCCUCUCCUCUACAAGGCCUACAUGGCAGUCCUUCCCACAUUGGACGGCUACAUAAAUGAGGCAGGCACGUUGAAUCUGGCAAGAUUCGAAAAAUUCAUGCAAAAGUUGGCUGAAUUUGAUUUGGAGAACUUCGAAGAAGUCAGGGAUGAUUUAACAUACAUGGAGGCGAAGACUGGCAGAAAGUUCAACGCUCACACCAAAGUUUCGACUGUAAGGCAGCUGGAAGAAUGGCAGGCGGAUGAAAAUGAAGAGGCCAUAGAGCUGGAAUGUCUUGAACCAAGGGCGAAACCUUCAAGAGACCCCGCUUUGGAUGCUUUAAUCCAAGCCACUGACGACCUAGACAUAGACUCUAGUGAAGAUGAUAGUGACGAUAUUGAUGAGGACGAGCGGGCUUUCCGCAACUACAAAAAGGAAUAUUACAUGAACAAACUGGAAUACGCAAACGUCACUCCUGAAGUGCUGCGCAGCCAAGCCGAAGGCUACGUUAGAGCUAUCCAAUGGAACCUUCACUAUUAUUAUAAUGGCUGUUGUUCUUGGUCUUGGUACUACCCUCAUCAUUACGCGCCCUACAUAUCGGACAUCAAAGGAUUUGCCGAUUUGAAGCUGGAAUUCGAGUUAGGCAAGCCGUUUAGGCCCUUUGAGCAACUUCUAGCAGUGCUUCCGGCUGCCAGCAAAGCCCUUCUGCCGGAAGUUUACCACAAGCUGAUGACGAGCGAGGAGUCAUCAAUCGGGAAAUAUUACCCAGAAGACUUUCAAACAGAUAAAAAUGGCAAACGGCAGGAAUGGGAGGCUGUGGUUUUAAUCCCUUUCAUGGACGAGAAACUGCUUCUUCAAGCAAUGGCCCCUUGCAACAAGGAGCUAAGCGAGGAAGAACGACGAAGAAACAGUCAGGGCCCAAUGUUGGCCUGUACCUACACAGCUGUGGAUUUGGGCAAAUACGACGCCCCACUUUACUUCCAAACCAUCAAUCACAACCACUGUAAAGUCAAACUGGUUAAUAUCGAAAACAUCCGCGUCCCUAUAGAAAAUUUGGUAAAAGGCGCCUAUCCAGGCGCCAAUAUGGACGUCUAUUAUCCAGGCUUUCCCACUUUGAAGCAUCUGAAAUAUACCGCCAAACUGAAAAAGUCCCGCGUCAAAGUCUUCGAGCAGCCGAGCCGGUACGAAAGCAUGAUCAUCCAGGUACUGCAGGACGAGGAAAAGAAUCAGGAAGAAAUUCCUGUGGAGCUUUUAGGGGCAAAUGUCUUUGUGGGAUGGCCGCAUCUAGUUGAAGGAAGAAUAGUAUCGAUUUCAAACGCUAAAACGCGUUACGUGAGUAUGGGAACCGCAAAUCAAUACAAUACAGAAGACCAAAAGGAUGCGUCGAUGUUCCGCAACGAAUCAGCCGGUAUUAUUGAGAGAUACAAAAACCGGCUGGGGAUCGAAGUGGGCGAAGUCAAAGCUAUGUGCCAAGUUCAAGUGAUGAUAGGGAGAAAGUACGAACUCACCCCCAAUGGCGCCCUAACGUUGGAAAAGCAAUUUUCGGAAUUCACCGCUAACUAUCCCUUGCAAACCAUCGUAUCGGGCAUCGAGAGCUACGAGUCGCAUCGAACGUUGUUCCGCAAUGUUCAGGACGUGUUCCCUGAGGGUGAAAUCUGCUUCACUUUGGGCAAUCCUUAUUAUGGGGCGCAAGGAAUCGUGAUCGAUACGAAAGAACUGGCGAAAAUUGGACGGAUUAAGGUGUGCGUUGUGAUCUCAGAUGAGCCGGAUUUUGAAAGCGUGCGCGAAAUCCAGAACGAAGUUGCCCGAAGCUAUAGAACGCUGUAUAAUGCCGCUAGUAUACUGGGAAUGGCCCACUUCCUGUAUUCCCGUGUGACGGGAUCGAUAUUUGUUGAAACCCCCGACGGCGAAGGAGGUCUGAAGAACAUCAACAUCGGCCUCGACCUCAAACUCAACAAGAAGAACAAAGAAACACCUGGAUAUACCCGAAAACUGGCCAGCACUUGGUUAUACACCGAUAAGUGCACCGAUUUAGUUCGGGAGUACGCUGAAAAGUUUCCCGAAGUUUUCGCCUACUUGGUGAGCAACGCUAGCAAUGAAAACAUCAACGUCGAGCAUCUUUUCACUGGAGAUGAUUGGGAUGAAAAGCUAAAAACCCUGCAAAUAUGGCUGAAAACGAAAACAGCGAAUUCCAAGAAAAUCACAAUGAGCGUGAAGCCUUCGUUUUUGUACAAACCGGAACUUCAGUCAGGCACUUUGGCUCCCGAUCCGAAAAUGCAAGUGGAAAUCUUCGAUCGCAUAGUGAACACGAGAAAAGGAUUCAGCGUGCCUUUCGGCUUAAAAGGAACGGUGAUUUCCAUCAUUAAAUCCUCCUCUAAAAGUGAAAGAGACACUAUGUAUGAUGUGGUGUUUGAUAAGGCUUUUAAGGAUGGAAUGGAGCUGAACUGUUCACCUGGGCGAGGCUAUCGCCUGCCCAGAACAGCCUUUAUCAACAUUUCCCACGGCAAAAGGAUGUACGAGCAGCGAAUAGGCCGAAAUGGCGCGUUAGCGGACAAGUCGGCAAAGAACCAGGGAACCCCAUGGCAAAACACCAACGGCCAGAAGUUUUUCAACCAAUUCAUGAACAAUUCGGCGCAACGCCAUACAGACAAAACAGUCCCGGAAAAGCCCGGCCAAGGAUCGGCGUUCGCGCCCUUCCAUCACAGCAGCAGGAAUCAGUUGCUCGAAGAUCAAGCGUCCAAACCAUCUGAUCGAGGGAACGGUAUCAGUACUGAGCGAUUUGAACCGAGGGAACCGCACACUGCAAAAGAAGCGAAGCUGGCAGGGAAAAGUGAGCGCAUCAGAAUUUUCCAGCGACCCAAAGACGACCCACAUUGGCAACCCGACUUGAUAGAAAGCAGAAAGACUGCGCCUACCACUAAGAGCAACGCAACCCCUGAAACGAGCUGCUUGAAUGUGUCUUUUGAAGAACUGGCGAAACACAUUUCAAGCCAACCGGCAAGCAUUAGACUCUUAACCUACUACCAAUCGAACGGUUUGGGAGUACCACGGUACCAGUUCUUCCAAGCAGGGUCGAAAUUCAAGGCCCAAAUCGCCCUUUCUAACGGAUUAGUCGUUACUAGUGAACCAAUGAGUUCAAAGGAAAAAGCCACUGAAAGCGUGGCUAGUGACGUUUUGCAACGGUUAAUGAAAAAGGGCGAAACUAGCGAUGCAGUCUUGCCGAUUCCACCGAAAACUUGGGUGGAACCAACUAAGGAAAAAGACCAGGCCUUGAUGGCGGCCCUGCAGAACCCAUUUUUGCCGACGCAGGUUAUUAAAAGGCAAACCAGCAGGCCUAGCGCCGGAAGCCUUGAAGGGGUUGGUUCGAAAAAAACAGGCGCCGCCAAUGUUAACGAAAACGGUCAUAAAACUUCGUCUGGCCACGAUGAGACCAAACCGGCCCCCAAUUCCGCCCAACAGAGAAGGGAGAAGAAAUCCCGAAUAGCUGCCAACUUUCUGUUGAAACGUUAACGUGUUCCCGCACGUCUUGCCGGAAAUUGGAGAUUUUCUUCAAUUUUCGUUAUUUUUUCCAAUGGCUAUAUAUAUUAAACUAUUUUUCCAACGUUUUUCUUGCAAUUUAAAAUUACAGUAGACAUCGUUUUGGCUGCAUCACCGCCUAACAUUACCAAAACCGAAGGUAUGAGUGCAGGGUGUUUCACAAAUAAGUACCAUAAAUUCAAGGAAAAAUACCCUUGUAAAAAUAUGAAAAAAAUCGUAAUAUUCAUGGGUCCGCACAAGCCGUUUUCGAAAUAGUCGGCGUCAAACUUUACGUUGAAAAAAUACAAAAUCAUAAAUUUCUGGAAAAUGGUUUGAUAAAUACUAAUGAAACUUUGUGGGUAGCCAGGGCUGUAAGAGGUGCUUAGUUAUAAUUAUUCUGUUUUUUACAUUUUUACCAGUGUUGUGCAUACCGCUUUGUUUUGGGUAUUUUUGAGGAAAAAUCGCACGUUACUGGUAUUUUGAGAAAUUAAAUCUUAAUUGAUUGUUCAAUUCUGAAGAUACAAACAAUUUUAUUUCUGUCAUACGACCAACCGUUUUUCGGUAAAAAAAUCAUUUUGAUUAGAAAAUUUCACAUUACACAGUUUCUUCUAAGAAUUACCUUCAUUAAUAAAGUAGUUCUAUCUAUUUACCCCUGAAUUUACGGUAUUUAUUUCUGGGACACUUUGUAUACUGGGCGUCCCCCCAAAAUGCUUCAUUGGGCCUUGGAAAGUCGAGUGAUUAUCAAAUAUUGCAUACUGUUUGGAUCUUAUUUGUACAUUUUGUGCUCGUUUUACCGCAAACAUGAUCAGAUAAGUGUGAAAAUGCGCUUCAUCAGUGAAAGUUGUCUAAAUAGAGGGACAACACGAAUGAACUUGAUGUAUAUCUGUCCGUUCCAAUUUGGAAUGUUUAUAAAGAGAAUAAACGCAACUAUUUCUUACCAUUAGAUGCA